AUGGCUGGUGGCGCAGACUUGCAUCAUCUCCAGGACGAGGUCCUGCAUCAUUCUCUCAACGACCCCAAGACCUUCUGGGCUCACCAGGCCGAUCACCUCCACUGGCACAAGAAGCCCACCUCCAUCCUGGAGAUUUCCGAGAAGAAGCUCAAAUCCGGCGUCACCCACGAUACCUGGACUUGGUUCCCGGAUGGAGAGAUCUCCACCUGCUUCAACUGCGUUGACCGCCACGUGCACGACGGUCACGGGAGCGCGCCAGCCAUCUACUACGAUAGCCCCGUGACCGCCACCAAGCAGACCAUCACCUAUGCGGAGCUGCUUUACGAGGUCGAGACUCUGGCCGGUGUGCUGAGGGAGCAAGGGGUGAAGCGUGGUGAUGUUGUUCUUGUUUACAUGCCUAUGAUUCCGGCCGCCAUAAUUGGUAUCCUAGCUAUUAACCGUCUCGGUGCCAUUCACGCCGUCGUAUUCGGUGGCUUUGCUUCCAACGCCCUUGCUCAGCGCAUCGACGCCUCAGCACCCGUCGUGAUCCUUACAUCAUCCUGCGGAAUCGACGGAACCAAGCCCCCCAUCCCUUACAAGCCCUUGGUAGAAGAGGCCCUCAGGCAGUCUAAGCACAAGCCGAGCAGGACUCUUGUGUGGCAGCGCCGCCAACUGGCCUGGCCACAGGUGAACGAGCAGCUGGGAGAGAGGGACUGGGCUACCCUGGUUAAGGACGCCAAAGCGAGGGGUGUCAAGGCGGACUGUGUACCGGUGAAGAGUACGGAUCCCAUCUACAUUAUCCACACCAGCGGAACGACUGGCUCGCCGAAGGGUGUUUUGAGAGAUGCUGGAGGCCACGCCGUCGGGCUGCAUCUUUCCAUCAGCUAUCUGUUCCACAUCCAUGGUCCGGGAUGUGUGUCAUUCACUGCCAGCGACAUCGGCUGGAUUGUCGGCCACUCGUACAUUCUAUAUGGCCCGCUCCUUACUGGAGCUGCGACGGUCCUCUACGAGGGCAAGCCCGUCGGAACGCCAGAUGCAGCUGCCUUCUGGCGCAUUGUCGAGGAAUACAAAGUAACCACCAUGUUCACGGCCCCGACGGCCCUUCGCGCCAUCAAGCGUGAGGAUCCCGAGAACAAGCAAAUCGACCGCAUCGGCAAGCGUGGCGGCCUCAGGACCCUCAAGGCCCUUUUCCUCGCUGGCGAGCGGUCCGAACCCGCCCUCAUCUCCAUGUACCAGGAUUUGUUGGAGAAGCACGGCGCCAUUGACUCCCACGUCGUUGACAACUGGUGGUCGACGGAAGUUGGCUCGCCUAUUACGGGACGAGCUCUUGUCCCCCACGCCGGCAAGGAUAGAAAGACGAAGGAGAGGGGUCACGCGCCUCCCAAGAUCCGACCCGGCAGCGCGGGUAAAGCCAUGCCUGGAUUCGACGUCAGGAUUGUGGACGACCAUGGCAAGGAGGUUCCUCGGGGUGAGAUGGGCAACAUUGUUCUUGCUCUGCCGUUGGCGCCGACUGGUUUCAGGACGCUGUGGCAGGAUGAGGACAGGUUUUACAAUGGCUACCUGAAGCGGUUUAAUGGCCAGUGGCUUGAUACGGGUGAUGCGGGAUGGAUUGAUCACGAGGGUUAUGUUCACGUUAUGGCCAGGAAUGACGACGUUUUGAACGUCAGUGCUCAUCGACUGUCUAGCGGAAGCAUCGAGCAAGCCAUCACCAACCAUCCCCUCGUAGCAGAGGCCUGCGUCGUCGGCAUCCCCGACGAGCUCAAGGGCCAGCUCCCCUUCGCCUUCGUGACGCUGCUCACAUCCGACCACCCCACCGCCGCUGUGCCCGACAAGAAGCUCAUCGCCGAGAUCCAGAACCUCGUCCGCACCCAGGUGGGCGCCAUCGCCACGCUCGGCGGCAUCAUCCAGGGCAGGGGCAUGAUUCCCAAGACGCGAUCGGGCAAGACGCUGAGGCGUGUGCUGAGGGACUUGGUGGAGAACGCGGUGCAUGGGGAGGUUGAUAAGCCUGUGACCGUGCCGUCGACCGUGGAGGACGCGGCGGUUGUGGAGGUUGCGAAGGCGAAGGUUAAGGAGUAUUUCGCCGUGAAGGGGGCGAGUCAUCGUCCUGUGGAGCUGAGGGCGAAGUUGUAG